AUGGCUACACCUGCCAACACCGCUGCUGAGGCCCUCGCUUCCGAGCAGACAUACUUUGCUCAGAACCCUCCUCCGCGCAAUUUAUCAGCCCACACAGCUCUCGCCGCUGGCUUCAUCUCCUCUCACGCCGCCGCAGGCCGUCGUGUUGUCCUCGUCACAUCGGGCGGCACUACCGUCCCUCUUGAGAAGCAGACUGUUCGGUACAUUGACAACUUCAGUGCUGGAACUCGUGGUGCUACGAGCGCCGAGUACUUUCUCGAAGCUGGAUAUGCCGUCAUCUUCCUCCAUCGUCAGUUCAGUCUGCUGCCGUACUCGCGACACUAUUCGCAUGCUACCGAUUGCUUCUUGGACUUUCUGACUGAAGAUGGAAGUGGAAGAAUUGGUGUGAGGAGUGAGGUGCAGGAUAAGAUGCAGGAGGUGUUGAGAAAGUAUCGCAAGGCGAGGGAUGACAAUAUGCUUCUCACCCUGCCCUUUGUCACUAUUGUCGACUAUCUCCAUGAGCUGCGAGAAAUUGCCCGACUCAUGCGCCCUCUUGGUCCGUCAGGUCUUCUCUACCUCGCCGCAGCCGUGUCGGACUUCUUCGUUCCUCCUGAUCGCAUGGCCGAGCACAAGAUCCAGUCAACCAACGCUGUUGAGCAGAAGCGACCAGACGAUGAAGAGACUUUUGAUAACUUUGACUCAUCGCCUUCUGUCCCACGCUCAAAGCGCCUCGUCAUCGAUCUCGACCCUGUCCCCAAGUUUCUCAAGAACCUCGUGGAUGGAUGGGCGCCAGAGGGUAUGAUUGUGUCUUUCAAGCUUGAGACGGACCCAGCGCUUCUUGUUCGCAAGGCUCGCUACAGUCUUGAUCGAUAUCAGCAUCACCUCGUCAUUGGAAACCUUUUAUCCACGCGCAAGUGGGAAGUCGUGUUUGUGAGUCCUAAGAGGGAAGAUAACUGGGUGCGUGUGCCGAGAGAGGGCGGUUGGGGAGAAGCUGAGGGCAGGCCGCUUGUGGCAGAGGAGCUGCCAAGUCAAGAACCAGAUGUUGAGAUUGAAUCGCUCAUUAUUCCCGCGGUACAAGAGCUUCAUGGUGAGCAUAUCAAGGCACAGAAACAGAAGUAG